UGUAACGAUUCUCUACAGAGAUAUCCAUGGAGUAAUUAUUUCUAAUUCUACUUGUAUUUCACAAGCAGAGAAUUAAAUGCCAUUAAUUCAACCAGACUUGCAAUGAUUCACUACAAUAUAUAUAGAACUAUACCCUGCACAAGUCCUUCACAAAACAAAACAAUCAACUGAAAUCCUUUAGCCUUCAAGAUGGUUCCCAGAAUAUUUUAUUUCCUUCAUCUCUUAUAUUUCUUCACAAUUACUUUUGCUUCCACUGAGGAAGCAAAUGCUCUUCUCAAAUGGAAAUCAACUUUCCAAAACAAGAAUACUUCCUUAUUGGCUUCAUGGACACUAAGUACUGAUGUAUGCAGGGCCUGGUAUGGAGUUAAAUGCUUUAAUGGUCGGGUAAAUAGAUUGAAUAUUACAAAUGUUAAUGUUAAUGGUACACUCUAUUAUUUUCCAUUUUCAUCUCUCCCCUUUCUUGAAUAUGUUGAUCUUAGCUUGAACCAGUUCUCUGGCACCAUCCCACCUGAAAUUGGUAAGCUCACUAAUCUUGUCUAUCUUGACUUGUCCAUCAAUCAGAUUUCAGGCAAAAUCCCACCACAAAUCAGCUCACUAACCAAACUUGAGACUCUCAACAUCUCUGACAACCAUUUAAAUGGUUCCAUUCCCGCAGAAAUAGGAAAACUUGUCAAUCUUGUUGAAGCUUAUCUUGGAAAGAACCAAUUAACAGGUCAUAUUCCUCCAGAAAUAGGUAGCUUGGUCACUGCAAAACUGUUUUAUGCUUUCUCCAAUAAAUUGUCUGGUUCCAUUCCUGCUGAAGUAGGAAAGAUGAAGUCCCUUGAGAAUUUAAGCUUACAAAUAAAUAAUCUUUCUGGUUCAGUUCCAAUUACGCUAGGUGACUUAACUGAGCUCAAAAUUCUGUACCUUUAUUCUAAUCAACUUACUGGUCCCAUCCCUUGUAAGUUGGGGAAUCUGAAGAACCUCACUAAACUGGAUUUAUCAUAUAAUCAACUUACUGGUUCAAUUCCUGCUUUCUUUGGCAAUUUGAGAAAUUUGCAAUUUCUCCAUCUCUGUGCCAAUAAACUUUCAGGUUCUAUUCCCAGAGAACUUACAUAUUUGGAUAACUUGGCAAUGCUGGUAAUGAGUGAAAAUCAGUUUUCAGGCCAUUUGCCAGACCAACUUUGCCGAGGUGGGAAACUUGAGAACUUCACUGUGGAUAGUAACAAGCUGAUAGGGCCAAUACCAAGUAGCUUGAGGAUGUGCUCGAGUCUCAAACUGGUUCGCCUUAAUAACAACAGUUUCGUUGGGAAUUUAUCAGAAUCUUUUGGUAUCUAUCCACAGCUUUAUUUCAUUAAUUUGAGCGACAAUAAAUUUCAUGGUGAACUCAACAGUAACUGGGGGAAAUGUAAGAAUUUAAUUGAUCUGCGGGUAGCCAAAAAUAAUAUUAGUGGUAGCAUACCACCAGAUAUUGGAAACGUCAAAGGGCUUCUAGGACUUGAUCUUUCAUCGAAUCAUUUGGUCGGGCAGAUUCCUAAGGAAAUUGGAGAUUUAACCUCUCUGGUUAAUCUUUUUGUUCAAAACAACAAUAUUUCUGGCAGUAUACCCGGGGAACUUAGGUCACUGACAAAAUUAGAAUCCCUUGAUCUAUCAGGCAAUAGAUUGAAUGGGUCGAUCCCAAAUUUUUUAGGAGAUUACGUGCACUUGUUUCGGUUGAACCUGAGCAACAACAAAUUUGGACAGAAAAUUCCAAUUGAGAUUGGGAAGAUAACUCAACUUAAUUUAAUUGAUUUGAGCAAUAAUCAUCUUGUUGGAGAAAUACCCCCAGAUCUAGCCAAUUUGAAGAGCUUGGAAAGCUUAAAUCUUUCCCACAAUGGCCUCUCGGGCUGCAUUCCUAAAGAACUUGAAAGUUUGACUGGUUUGCUGGAUGUCGUGUUGUCAUACAAUGAUUUGGAAGGUCCAAUCCCUAAUAAUAAAGCUUUUAUCAAUGCCUCAUUGGAAGGUAAUAAAGGUCUUUGUGGAAAUGUAACCGGACAGCAGCCUUGCGAAAGGUCAUCUUCUGUGGCGAAGAAGCACUCAAUGGCGAAGAAACAUAAACUAAUCCUUAUCACUGUACUUCCUGUUAUGGGAGCCCUAGUACUACACUGUGCUUUCAUUGGUGUUCUAUUUAUGUGUGAUAAAAGAAGGAACGUUAAAGAUGUUGAAAGACGUGGUGAUGGUUGGGUUUCAAUAUCCACGUUAGAUGGAAAGACACUGUACAAAGAUAUCUUAAACACUACAGAGCAGUUUGAUGCAACAUUUUGCAUCGGGCAAGGAGGGCAUGGAAGCAUUUACAAGGUAAACCUUCCAUCAUUAGGGAAUAUAGCUGUGAAGAGACUUCAUUCUUCAUUUGAGAAUACACAUCCCAAAAGUUUUAUGAAUGAAGUACGAGCAUUGAUUGGGAUUAAGCACCGGAACAUCGUGAAACUCUACGGCUAUUGUUCGAAUGCACAAAACUCGUUGUUGGUUUACGAGUAUGUGGAUAGAGGGAGUUUGUCUAGCAUUUUGAGCAAUGAAGUUGAGUCCAAGAAAUUGGAUUGGAUUAAAAGGGUGAAAAUCAUCAAAGGUGUUGCUUGUGCUUUAUCUUACAUGCACCAAGAUUGCUUACCACCGAUCGUUCAUCGUGACAUAUCAAGCAGUAAUAUUUUGCUUGAUUCCGAGUAUGAAGCUCGUGUUUCAGAUUUUGGCAUAGCUAAGUUUCUCAAGCCAGACUCAUCUAAUAGCACUGCGCUUGCAGGCACGUAUGGAUAUGUUGCACCUGAGCUUGCUUACACAAUGAAGGUUACAAAAUUGUGUGAUGUCUAUAGCUUUGGAGUACUAGCAUUGGAGAUAAUAAAAGGAAAGCAUCUCGGGAAAUACAUUACUCUGCUAGCAAAUUCAUCGACUAGAGAUCAUGUGCAGCUUAGCGAUUUGCUAGAUGAACGCCUUCCACAUCCUGAAAAUGAAGUAAAAGCUGUUUUGGUAUUUAUCAUCAAGCUAGCAAGCUCUUGUUUGCUUGAAACUCCAAAAUCGAGGCCAACAAUGUACUUCAUCUCUCAUAAGUUAUCAUCAAUGGAUCCACGUCGGCCUACUCAUCAGAUAAACCCCCAUGUAAGGCGAGCUAUAUUAUCCAUGAUGGCUGAUACUAAGGUGUCUUUGUAUGGAAAUGAAUAACCUUCAUCACCCAGUGGUAAUGUGAAAGUCCCUCAAAAAAUUAUUACCGGAAAUAGUAUUGUUUUAUCCUUGGAUUACUAAUCUAGUUUACUGUACUAGAGUUAAUGCAUUGUAAAUUUGUAAUGUAGAAGGUAAUUAUUUAAUCUCCUCGUGCCAAAAAGUAAUAAAACAAGCUUAG